GUCGCGGGAAACAGUCCCACCCCUUCGCCGCAGCGCCGAGCCCCUCACCGGCCCGGUCGGGGGCGGGGCGAGGAGUGCGCAAGCGCGUGGCGUAUGCAGGGGCUGUUACUCUGGGGACGGGUCCCUGGGGACGGGUCCCUGGGCCCCCAGCCUGACCCUGAGCUCCGUAAGCUGUCCUGGGAUACGGCUGGCUGAACUCCCAGUGUCCACCUCCACUUCCAGGUAUUUGCCAAUGCGGGCCUCCUACCGGGGAAUUCAUUCAGUCACGUCUGCGGGCCUGUAGCUGUCGCCUCUUUCUGCAGCGCCAGGCUCUGCCCGGCCUCAAAGUCAAGUUGUGUUCCUCUGUGCACUGCUGGAAACAGCCUCCUCACGGAAGCUUUAGACAUUGGCCUGCAGAAGAUGCUCUUUCUGUACUUCUCUAUGGCAGGAAGUCAUUGUGUGACUAACACAUUUUCAUCAGACUUCCUCUGAUUUACCCUGAAGUGUAUGUGAGAAUGAUGUGCACUGCCAAGAAAUGUGGAGUUAGGUUCCAGCCUCCGGCUAUUAUCUUAAUCUAUGAGAAUGAAAUGAAGGGGAAAAAUCGCCAGCGCAUCAUGCCAGUCCGAAACUUUUCAAAGUUUUCAGAUUGUGGCAGAGCUGCUGAACAACUAAAGAAUAAUCCGCGACACAAGGGCUACCUGGAACAAGUAUCCCUGAGGCAGCUAGAGAAGUUAUUCAGUUUUUUACGAGGUUACUUGUUGGGGCAGAGUUUGGCAGAAACAAUGGAACAAAUUCAGCGGGAAACAACCAUUGAUCCUGAGGAAGACCUGAACAAACUAGAUGACAAGGAACUUGCCAAAAGGAAGAGCAUCAUGGAUGAACUUUUUGAGAAAAAUCAGAAGAAGAAGGAUGAUCCAAAUUUUGUUUAUGACAUUGAAGUUGAUUUCCCACAGGAUGAACAACUGCAGUCCUGUGGCUGGGACACAGAGUCAGCUGACGAAUUCUGAUACCAAAAACUAAAAAAAAGAGAAAAAGAUUGGGUAGCAGAAAAUCCAUGUUUAUACAAAGAACAUAUUUUGGCUCUAGAAAAAUCUGUAAAGAACACUAUGUUGAGUCAUGUUGGGGUUGACCAUGUUACUUUUCAAAACCAGGAUAUGUAGAGCAUCUACUAUGUAGGUGCGUGUGGAAUACAGGAAAAACAGAAGAUAGGAAUCUGCCUUGAAGGAGCUUACAAUCUAAUUGGAAGGUAAAAAAGUUGGUGAAGAGCUAAUUAGUGGUAUUAGGUAGCAAAAAUACUAGAUCCAAAUGUUUGAUAAAGACUAAAAAAGGUCAGAACCUACCUAGAUUACUGUAGGGUAGAAUAGGCAGGGAAGACUUUAAUCUUCCUAAGUCUUUAAUCUAAGUCCUUUAAGGGCAAGAUAGUACUUUGACCCUUGAAAACGUUAUAUUUGCAUAGAAGCUUAUAUAGGAUUCCAGAUUAGAGAAACUGGGAGAAAAAAAGGGUGGUGGUGGUGGUGGUGAUGAUGGGGGAGACUGGUAAAGAGAUAGGAAUGAGAAAAUUUUAUUUGAGGAAAAGUAAGCAAAUUAUAGUUUGAUAAGAACAGAGGGCAUAUAUAGUUACCAGGGGAUUAUCCCGUAUACAUCAUCUUUAUAUGCUUUUUUUUUUAAUGGAGGUACUGGGAUUGAACCUAGGACCUCAUGCUCUACCACUGAGCUAUUUCCCUCCCCGCUGUUUGUACUUAAAUCUAGCAUAGAAGAGUACUCCUGCAGAGUGCCCUGCAGCUGCAAGUGGGUGUCACCUGACGGAUGGCAAGGGAAUUCUGCCCCUCCAGUAGCAGCAGACGUAUACUAAAGACAUUCUGAAACCCUGAACCUCUUCCUAUAACUAAGGUUUGUUUGUAAAAUGGGAAAUCUCUACCCGUAAUAAAUGAAAUAGGUACUAUCAGUUUAGGCCUAUUCAUGAAUUGGUAUCUACAAAGAGAAGAUCUAUAUUAAACAAGGUUAUGUGUGUACAGAUACAUCUUUCUUCAUAUUAGAAUAUUAUUUAAUUGCUAGAAAUCCUCUUUUCCUGCAAGGAAAUUAAUACUCAUUAAAUAAAACUGUAAAAGCUAUUCA